CGAUAACCAGCCAGCCAAUCUCCUAUCUGCAUAUGACGGCCUAUCGUUUUGAUUGCCGCCCGGUGUUAUAAAGCCUACCGUCGGGCCGGUCUCUUCUACGUUCAAUCGUCCUGGCGGACUGCGAACGACUACAGCCCAGCACAAAUCAAUCGCUCCCAAGUCAGACAGCAGCGGCUAUGCCUGAGGAACGGAUUCGAUCGGCCCGGGCGUGCAUGCCCUGCAGGCGCAUCAAGACGAGGUGCAUGUUGCGGACGGGAGAGUCUCGAUGUCAGCGAUGUACGCGCAAGUCGCUGGACUGCGUGUUUCGGGAACAUCAGCGCGGGAGAAGGCCCGGCACAAGGUUUUCAAAGGACAAUGCCACAGCCUCCGUGACGCGAUCACCCUCCCAGUCUCCAGUGGCCCCCUACCCGCCCCAUGAACCAACGUCAACUGCUGCUGUCGCUGCUUCCACUGCGGCUGCAACGCCUGGCCCUUCACAGAUCUCUCAUUCCCGUCAGCAGGUGCUGGAUGCCCCGGGUUGGGAGACAGGACCCCUGCAGCCGUCGGGCCUGCUGGACCAUGCCAUGUCCCGGGGUCGCUUCUCGCUGCGCAACAUCCUCAGCACGACCGAUCCCGCCGUCCCCGACCGAGGCGCUGACCCAUUCUCCUCCCUGCCGUCCGCGGACCCUGUGCAGCGCGGCCUCCUUAGCUUGUCGGCGGCCUCGUCGCUCUUCAACAGCUUCAUGGCCAACUUGAACCCCUAUAUCAGCCAGCUGGACCCCCAGCUGCACACCCUCGCAUACGUUCGGCAUAAGUCGCCGUUUCUUGUGUCGGCUAUCCUGGCUGUCGCCGCCAGGGUCUUCAACCCGCCCCUGCAUGAGCGCCUGCUCUCGUAUGCCGAGGAUUUGCUGGUUGAUGGCUUCCGACGCGGGCGCAAGUCGACCGAGACGGCACAAGCUGUCGUGAUCCUGACGUACUGGAAGACGCCCGACGACGAUCGUGCCUGGAUCUCACUCGGCUAUGCCGUCCGCAUGGGCAUGGAGCUGGGCUGGCACCGGCUGACGCGGUACGCGGGUAGCAGCGCCGCUGGAAGCCCCAUGACAGAGAUGCAGAAGCUCGAGGUCCGCAACCGCGAGCGCACGUGGCACGUCCUCUUUGUGUACGAUCGGAGUAUGAGCCUCCAGACAGGCAAGCCUUGGAUAAUUGAGCGCAGUGACUUUACCGAGUCCGUAGAGGCGUGGUGCAAGGACCCGCUGGCGGCACCGGGCGAUUGUCUCUUGGGGGCCUUUGUCGUGUUGCGGCUCCUGACCUCGGAGGUGUUCAAGCUGCUGGGGGACCGUCCGACCAAGGGCGGCAGCGGCCGCCUCUAUCCUCUCGAGUCUUUGCUGGCCGUGAUUAAGGGGAGGAUUGAGGAGUGGGAAGCCAAAUGGAUUAAGGCGGCUUCGCAGGAGAGCUGUCAUCAAUUUCUCAUCCACUUCUAUGGAGCCCAUCUCCGUCUCCAGCUAUUCUCGCUACCGCUUCAGGAGGUCUUGUCGCGCAAGGAGCAGGAUCUCUUCCUCAACUUUGAGGCCUUCUGGACGAGCUACUCGAGCGCCCUCGAGAUGUUGCAUCUGCUGUGUCGCUUCUCGUCGUGCAUCCAUCUCGCCCAGGAUUCUGUUCACGUCAUGACUGCGUACUGCGUUACCUUUCUCAUUAAGAUCCUGUCUGUCCCGUCGUCUAUCACAGCACAGAUCGAACCCGAGAUUGGCGACGCCAUUCGAGGCGCCGCCCAAGCGCUGCGCCAACACCCAGUCUUGCCAGGCACGAGCUGCGCCCUACAAGCCGAGUUCCUCGACAGGAUCAUCGCCCGGUAUUUUGUGAGGAAAGGUGAGCAAGCCCAUGCUCAAUCCACUCCUGUUGCCCGCAAGGAACAGCCAGGCCACAUGCACAAGUUGCCUAGUGACGGAGGAGUUUCUCUCAUGCGAGACUGGACCAUUGCUGCCACGUCGAUGCCGGGCCCGGCCGUCUUCUUCGAUGACGACGACUUUGGGGGCCUUGACGCCAUUUUCGGUGAGGGCGCCCUCUGGGGUGGUGCGGCGACAGAAUCUGUACCUCCGGCCCAGGAGGGUGGCUUCUACACGUAGACUAUGUGAGCAGCGUCCAACGAGGCAAUGGUGAAUCUCAGCUGUAUGUGUGCAUGUAACAUGAGCAUCAUCAUGGAUUGGAAGCUGU